UUACAGGAAUUCCAUAUAUAGCUUCAGGUUGUGUGAUAUGGCAAAUUAAGGCAUAUAGUUGAAAGUGAUUCCAGUGUAAAGUUAGCGCAACUUUUUUUUCCCUAAACAUGGAAUAAUUUGUAAACAAACUGUUUGUUCUCAGUUUGACAUAGAGAAUUUGAACUGCGGAAGGAAACAGUAAUACUUCUAUAGGAAAGACUGAAGAGCGUUGGAAUAGUAGUAGGAUUGGACUGUAUAGAGUUUGUGGGAUCACUCAGGAGAGCACGGUUAGUAGGAAGUUCAUUAUUUUUACAGGGAUAGAUUUCCUGUUUCUGUAAAACAAAACAAAACAAAACAAAAAAACUGUUGACAAACCAACAAAAACGCUUGAAUACAUACUGUACCUGCUAUGGCUAGUAUGGACAGAAAAAACGUGUUUAUAAUUACAGAAGACCUGGGCAAAGAAGAUGUAGCUGCAAUGAAAUUUCUGUGUUUUGAUCUGAUCAGCCGUAACAAACAGGAGACCAUAACCGAUGGAAAGGGCCUCAUUGUGGAAUUACAGUAUGCUUCUUUGGUGGAGGAGGGAGACUACUUUUUUAUCGCUGAGCUCCUAUAUCUGAUAGGUCAAUUUAAAUUACUGAGAAAAUUAAAUCUCACCAAACAGGAGGUAGAAAAUAAGCUUCAAGAUAGAACUGUGGCAAAAGUUUCACCUUAUAGAAAACUGCUGUAUGAGCUCUCUGAAGAAAUCAACACAGAGGAUUUAAGGGGCAUGAAGUUCAUCCUAGACAACAAACUAAAAAAAUCCACACUGGAAAAAGAGUCUGUAUUUGAUAUUUUUACGGAAAUGGAGAAGAAAGAAAUGCUAUCAGAGAGCAAACUGAGGGAACUUAAGGACAUCUUAAGACCUGUUUCGUGUGUUCUUGUGAAGAAAAUAGAAGACUAUGAAAGGAAGCUUCAAGGUGGAUUACAACAAACUUCCAUUCUAGAUUCAAAUUUGUCCCAAAUGACCUUGUCUGUCAAAAAACAAGAUCUGCCCAGAAACCAAGAGGGAUCACAAGGAAGCACAGAGGGACAGAGUGCUGAAGAGUACACAAUGUCUAGUAGACCUCAUGGAUACUGUCUGAUUAUCAACAACUUUAACUUUGAAAACACUGAACUGGACAACAGACACGGAACUGAUAUAGAUGCUAGUGCUUUAAAAGAAGUGUUUGAAUGGUUGGGUUUUGAAGUGAGCAAAGCCGACGACGUGACGGGUGCUGGCAUGCAUGGCAUAUUGAAAGAGUAUCAAAGCAAACCCCACACAGAUUGCUUUGUGUGCUGUAUACUCAGUCACGGAGAAGAAGAGUGCGUCCUUGGAACAGAUGGCGACAAAGUCUAUAUCAGGGACCUUGUCUCCUACUUUAAUGGGCAGAACUGCCCAUCUUUGCUUACGAAACCCAAGGUCUUCUUCAUUCAGGCGUGCCAAGGCAAGACGAACCAGCAGUCUGUGCAGGUUGAUGGAGAUGAGCCUGGCUCUGCAGCCCUUGAAUCUGAUGCUUUUGCAACUCCAUUCGAUGCAGAUAGACUCAUAGGGAUGGCCACUGUUCAGGACUGUUUGUCUUUUAGAAGCAUACAGAACGGCUCCUGGUACAUCCAAGCUCUGUGCAAGCAUCUGAAACAAAGCUGCCCAAGAGGUGAAGACAUCCAUACAAUCCUGACAAAGGUCAAUAAUGAUGUGAGCAAAGAGCAGGGCUAUAUAAGAGAUAAACUAAUGAAGCAGAUGCCAGAGCCAAGACACACCCUCACAAAGAAGCUUGUGUUCCGUGUGCCUGUAAAUUCACAGCCUUGAACCAAAUCUUUGUGUCCAACCUAGAAUGAUAUUUUAAGGACAUUCUGGGUUGGGACUACUAUAUGUGCAUUCUAAAAUGCACUUGAAAAAUGUACCAUUUAAUGUUUCACCUUUACCCUUCUUCUGUGGCUGCAGUAGCAGCAGAUCCACUGGAGCAGUCUUUACCACUGUUUAACACAAUCUCUUCUAAAAAUGCACAUAUGGUAAUUCGUCUCAACGAUUCAAUUGUUUAAAUAAUUUAAGGGUAAUAGAAAAUAAUAUGAAAUACCUCUGUCUUGAUUAGUGCCCUCUGCAAUGCAGUUCUUUUACUUUUGCACCCUUUGAUAACAUGUGAACAUGCUAUACUUGUAUGUGAUAAACUCCCUGUGUGAUGUGGUGUAUAUAAAUGUGCUUGUUAUUUCUAUUCUAAUUUUUUACUGUCUGUAUAAUUACAGUUGGUUGAAAUAGAGCACUGUCGCUUUAAGAAGCGUGACUUAAGCCUUUGAAUGAUGCAACCUUGCAGGCAGUCGUGUGUGAAUGAGGUGUGAUGGUGGCUUUCUAAGAUGGACGUUGCAAGUUUAAACUCUAGACAAGUGGAAAAAGGGAGAUGUCUAAAAGCCUGUGUUGUAUACGAUUGUCACGAAUAAAGAAGCUGAAGAUGUUGAACUGCAACAA